AUGGUGCAACAAGGGAAAAAGAUUGUGCGGUCGGUUAACCAGUUUGCUGCCCUUCAGGAGGAAGGUGCUCAACUCCAGGAUGAAAAUGAGUCCUCACUUUUGGUUGGAGAGAUUACACUAAACAGAGAGAAAGUCCAGAAUGAGUCAAUGGUGGGUCACAAUUCCCAAACCAUCCAUACUGUGGUCCCCGGUUUAAAUGGGAAGUCUACCUGUGUUUCUUUUGCGUAUGUGAGGCCUAACCAGAGAGCCAAAGAUGUUUUUGGGGAGGAUCGCAGGGCGUACUCUAGCUCUUUCAAAGAUCCAUGGAUUAUGCUUGGGGACUUUAACGACAUUACUGGGUAUUCUGAUCAAUUAUGGGGAACCGCGAAGAUUGCCUCUAGCACGGUUGAUAGAUUUAUGGAAUCAAUGAAUGAUUAUGGCCUCAUAGACCUUAGCACCUCUGAGCCAAGUUUCUCGUGGUCUUUGAAACUUGGAGACAGAGUUAUCAUAAGAAGGAAACUGGACAGGGUGCUUUGGAAUAUGGAAGCCCAACUCCUUUUCUCGGAAUAG